AGCCUUUUUGGCUCUCGAGUCCACCCGUCGCGGGCGCGGGCGUAAGGCCUCAGCGGCCGGCGAUGGAAGCCAUCAGGAAUGCCAUUCCAGAGACACCUGUGAUCGUAGCGGGCGCCGUCGGGGGGCCCUCCGUCAUGUUCGCCGUGACGCCAUUCCGGAAUGGCCUCACGCUGGGCGCCACGAACACCAGGGCCGGGGCCAUGGAGUUGUACGGCUCGGUGUUCGCCAGGGGCCUCGCCGGGGGCUGGACCGGUGGAAUCUACCCCGCGAUCGCGGGCUGCCCGCAGUUCCUCUGCCUCGGCCCUGCGUACCAUUUUUAUGCGGCCUUUGUUGGAACUGCUGGCGGCGUGGUGCUGACGAGCCUAACGGAGUCGGGCAUCGUCUUCGGGGCGGAGACCUGCAACGCACAGAUGGCCAAGAACGCGAAGGCGCCUGGCUCCAUCAAGAAUGUGCACAAUUCCAUGAAGCCCUGGGGCACGGGAUUCAGCAUCCACUUCGCCAGGAACGUCAUUGCCACCGCAGGUCUCCGAAUAUUUGCCCAGCCGUGCACCUGGGCUGUUGAGAAGGCGACUGGCAAGAGCAAUGCCAUGACCACGUUGGGGGGAGACUUCGUAGGACUUCGAAACGUCUGCGCGGCGUGCCUCUCCGCGCCCGUGCACCAGCUCUACGGCUUCACCGUCACCACCCCGGAGCUGGCGGACCUGCCCUCGGCGGAGCGACGCGCCAGAGCGGUGCAGUUUCUGAAGGACCAGUACCUGUUGCCAGGGACUAGCAGGCUCUCUCCAGUCGUGCCCCGUGACCUGUUCAUGCGCAGCAUGUACGUCGCCGUCGCCUACACCAUGUACUCCACACUGGAGCGCACGCUGGUCGCCAAGUGGCCCAGAUCCCAGUGAGGCUGCGCGUGGAGAGCGUGGCAGACUGCGCAGACGCUCAAGUUGUCUUGCGCUGGGAGGUUCACUUCGGCCGCUCUCUGCAGAUGCCUUGUAUCGGCGGCCUCCAGCCGCCGCCUCUCGACCGUCUUCGGCUCUGAGAGGAGGCCGCGCCACCCGCGAACUUUUUAGUCGCAGCCGCCCCAGCAGUAGUUGGCGUGGAGGUGGCUGCACGCCGUUUGGUUCCCUGUUUACCUCCGUUACACCCCCUCAAGUUCCUUGCACCCGCGCAAACUAUCUCGUUGCUUCCUUGCUCCUGUCUCUCUCACCCUCGACGAGCUAGGUGGAGCACUACAUGUGUGUGCAUCCCGCCAGCAGCUAGUUUCAUGGUUUCGGGCAUAAUGCUUAGGGUGCAGAAGAUAUAUUGGAGCAUCUCUUGAGUAGGGCAGACUGUUUCACAUUUAGCACACGGCGAUCGGCGCUGUGAAGUCGUCCCUCUAAAUUCGCGCAGCCAGCUCUGCUCGCCCCCAUCAUUCCAGACUGUCCCAGCUACGCAGAGCUGUUAGCUACGCAGAGCUGUUAGUACGUCAUGAAUGUUGAGCGUGGCCGACAGGGAAGCGAGUGAGGGGCAACACUUCUAGAAUAAGAACACGCCGCCACCGUGGGAAAGCACCCGCCCUCAUCGAGGAACACGCCCGGGCACCAAAA